AUGAUUGCUUUUAAGGAUGUAAAAGUGUACGUUAGUCCGUUCGCAGUAAUAUCUAUAAUGGCAUUACAUUUUUCACAUUCUUCAAAAUGGCCAGACCCAUUUAAAGACGAGGUUACGUACGUAGAUAAUCCGAUUGAAUCGGGGUUUCCAGGACACUGGUUGCCCCUAAGUAUUAUAAAGAAGAUUAUGGAAAUGCGAGUCCUGACGCUGGCGUCUGAAGCUGUCACAAAUACACAGAAAAACAUUAAGCUUAAAUUACAUGCGACGACCAAAAGGGUAAAAGAGCCAUUAACACCAACCGUAACAAAAACACUUUUAUCGACAACUACAAAAACAACGACAAAACUAUCGACCACUGAACCAUUAACUAAGACCACAACUACUUCAACAACAACUACAAAACCACCAACAACUAUGACAGCGUCAACAACAACGAUAUCUAAAACAGUAACCACCACGUCAACAACUACGACAAUGCCUACAACGGUGACUACCAUGUCAACAACAACUACAACGACAACUGAGACGGGAGAUCCAUUUUACUAG